AUGUUUUCCAAGGCGACGGCCCGAUUCGUCCGUCAGAUCGACCCCGACGGAAGCCUCAUCCACGUGUCCCGGGUAAAUGACUCGCACAAGCUUCUGCCCAUGGCAAUCGUUGUCAAGCGCAACCGCUUCUGGGCCUGGCAGAGACCCAAGUACCAUCCGACCGAUUUCACCCUCAGCGACCUGUUGCAGGGUGGCAAAGCUCUCAAACCUGGCGUGUCUGAGGCUGAAUUCUUGACCUACCAGGGAACAUUUGGAGACGAAUACACCGGAAAACUGGACACGGAGGCCGGUCCCGGCAGUGUCUCAGUGGAGGGACUGGGCAGGUCUAAGCUCCAGUCGUGUUUUGGCAAGUUGAAGAAAGAAGAACUGGAUGUGAAGAAGUUGCUGAAAGACUCCAACAAUAGGUUAGUGGACAUGCAGCACGUUCUGGUGCAGCAGAUGGAGAAGCGGGCUGAAGUGCUGACGGUGGUGAAAGAAAGGAUCCUCACCACCAACUCCUGCUCCGUCAGCCAAACGCAGAAGCAGCAGUGCACCUUUCAAGGGGUGCUCCGGCUGCUGGGACUGCCGGGGAGCUCUGUGAAGGUUCUGUCCGGGAAGGAGGUCAACACAGUUCAGCUCGACUGCGACGUUUCUUUGGAGAUCCCCUCUGGCACGGUUAUUGCUUACAGCAUACUGGAGCUGGAGAUAAAGAAAACCGGACACUACGAUAUCUGCCUGCAGCCUGGCACCAUCGGAGGCUUUGAGAACGACUCGGUCUCAAUGUCUAGAUCCUGCGACGACUCGCUGACUACAGUGGAUGGCAUCUUCAACGGGGACACGGUGCAAGGAGCGGCUCUUUGGAGAAGUCAUCAGAACGAAUCACAGUACAUGGACCUCUCUCCUCUUGGAAAUCUUCCUCAAUCAGUUCGAUUAGCUCUGAGCAAGAAGCUCCAAGAGACUCUGAGAGACAGAGCUGCUCUGUCAUAUCUGCAGUGCUUGCUGGAGGAGUUGUGCAGUAGUGAAAGAGUCCAGACUGACGUCACUGAUGAACCACAAGAGGUUCUUAGAAAUUCUGUCAUCCUGGAUCAGCUGGACUCAGACUGUCUCAGUGAAUGCAGCCAGAGUGUUGUCCCUGCACAGUUAAGCUCAAUUUACCUGCUUGUCAGUGCCAUGGAGGAACUACCUGAUGAAACUUUAAGCCUUUUGAGCGACAGUCGACCAGAUUUCCUGGCUUCUUUUGACAAACUGAUGGUCUGGUUACAGGAGAGCAGCACGCCUCUGUCCAUGCAGUCUAUUCCUGUGGCGCUGCAGGACAGCCAGUUCUUCCAGCAGGCGGAACAGCUGCUCAGCUCCAUCAACGUGAUGCUCAGGACAGACACAGACCAGCUCUGGAUGGAGACGGGGGACAGCAGGGACGUUCUCCUCCUGGUCCUCAGUCUCAGUGUGUUUGGGCUGUCACUGCUUUGUGCUAGUCUGCAUGAAUAAUAAUGUCUAUCUUUCUUUUUUGGCUAACACUAUUUAUCUAAACAUUAUAUUUGCCCUGAACAACAAUAUAAAUGCAAUACUUUUACUUUUGCUCCCAUUUUUCAUGAGCUGA